GGAAGCUACUACAGACCACGAAGAGACCAAAUUAUUUAAAUUUUACUUGAGAGAAUUUCAAGACUCCAGCUCGGCAGGGAAAGAACGCUAAGCGAGGGAAAAUUCCGCCUCCAAAUUUUCAGCUCGGCGAUGUCAAAAACUCCAGCGCGGCCAAAAUUUUCAAUUUCCGCCCAAACUCAAACUUCUAGAGCGCAAAGUGAAUUAACCGCCUCUGGAUUCCUGCCCUAGCUAAAACGCACGAACAACUCUCAUAUCUCUUUCGAUUUCGUAUGUUGCGCUUCAAACGUUCUCCUUCAUCCUAAGAAGUCAGUUUAAGAUUUGUUUGGAGACUUGGACUGCUGCGUUCAAUGACCGCCCAGAUCUUUACUCUUAUAGCUUUUGAACAUUUGGCCUUAAAGCAUUUCUUUCUGUUUAGAGGGCAUGCCAUCUAGAAGGGAUAAAAAGUAUCAAUGACCAAUAUGUGAGGAACAAAUUGAAAGAUGUACUUUUCCCAUUCUUGCACAGGGGACAUUGGACAAGAAUCCCAGAGCCAGUAAGUGGGAGGUAGGGAAGGUUUAGCCGAGAAGCAAUAAACUGGCUAUUCAUGAAAGGUUUGGUGGAGUGGGUUUUACAAGUUACAUUUUUGAAGAUGAUACUUUUUUCCCUUGGGAGUGAAGAGGCACCUUUGCUGGAUAUUGUCACACAUGCAGGAUAUUCCUUUGCUGGGUUGUCUAUUGCUGUCUUGGGAAAGAUCUUCUCAAGCCACUCAUUCUACUUUUUUAUGCCAUGGGCAGGUCUCUGCAUGUGGGUAUUUCUGGUAAAGACAAUGCAAUGAGCGGGAUUUCACAAAAGAAAUGCAAAAGCAGCUCAAGGAUCACACCAAGGGCUAAGCUGCCCAAGAAGACUACAACGUCUACUCCCGAAUCGCCUCAGAUGUAAAAUUUUGAUAAGGGGCAAUGCCUUGAAUUUGACCCUCUGCCAUUAAGAUGUUAUAUGAACAACCACAGGUGCAUGACAAGCUCCGACCCCUCGUCAACAUCAACCUCCUAAAGCAUUUCAAGCAUUUCCAGCAACUAAGGUACAUCAAAUAAAUUGUGCACCUACUCUAAGCAUCCCAGGAGUGUCUAAGUCAGAUAACAUAUCAUCCUUGAAAACUAAAGUUCCUCCUAAGCUAACUGAAGGCUCAUUCCUGUCUUCUAAUAAAGCGAGAUCCCAGUUGACCAUAAAUGCUCAUAUGCGUAUAUUAGAGGUUGUAUUCUAAUCCAACCAACAUUGUUCUUUCUCAAAUUAGGCAUGAAGUGACUUCUAGGCAUAAGUGUCAACGUCCACCUCCUGUUCCUCAGAAUGAUGUUCUGCUUCAUCAUAACCGUGAAAAGGAAGGAGAGGGUAUGAAAUUCACAAUGUUACAUAUACUCAUAUGACUUGUUUUACUUUUUGGUAAAUUUUUGAGUUAAUCACAUACUAAGUUAAUUUGUUAUGAAAGUGCAUGUAUUUUUUUAAUGUAUGGCGUUGAUGGAUAAUACAAAUUUUAUUAUAGAAAUAUGUAUCAUGGGUAAUUAAGGCCCAGUACUAUUGAUAAUUUUUUACUUGAUGUGCAGCUGUUUUCUUAAUCUACCUAUUUGAUAAAAAAUAUUGUGGAACAAGUACUUUGGGUUUAACUAUUUCUACUAUUAUUCAAGUUAUUGCUACCAUUUUAAACCAACACGUGGACUUUGACAAAUUGUAUGACUAGUCAAAAAUAUCAAUAAUGGGAUGGUUCAAAGUUUCCGUCCGUUACUUGCUACAUUUGAGGUAACUUAUGCUGGGAAAGACAAGUGUUGGACAAAUGAGGCAACAAAAGAACAUGUAAGAGACUAGCUUUAAUGUACAUUUAUUAUUUCUUCAUACUCUGGUUACUAAUAACUUUAUUUGUGUUGCGUAUUUUUUACGGGAGAAAAUGGUUGUCAAAACUAAUGAGUAUAUUGUGAAAAAGGCAAAAGAGUAUCAACUUCUCGAAGACAUUCCUUUGAAGGAAAUACCUAUUAAUGAUCCUAAUAUUGGACUUGAUAUUAUGACGUCUGUUUUAGGUACCAAACCAGGUCGCCAGAUUUGUGAUCUUGGAGAUGGCUGUCUUCGAGACUCAGGGGCAACAACCAAAAUAGUGCAGAAUUUGGAAAAAGAGUUGGAGGUGGAACGAGCGGUGCGAAAGUCUACUGAUGCAGCUCGAAUAGAUACUGGACAGAGAAUGCACAACACUUUGAAAAUGUUGGGCAAAAGUUCAACUCUACUUUACAAUCUUGGCAUCAAUAUUUAAUGCAAGUAGGUGUCGUUAUACCACCAUUCACCCCUUUUUCGCUUGAAGAUGGUGGAGAAGAUGAGGCUCACACGCUAUUGGAUGAUUAGUUAGAAGUUAGAACCUCAUAUGAUAUUAUUAAGUUACUCCGUAUUUUAAAAGGGCAUCUAGAUCAACCAGCACAAUUGUUAUUCAUUUAUUUGACAUUUUACUUUUUUUUUUUUUUUGGAAUGGUAUUAGCACUCAAUGAUAAACUUUUAGUUUGAUAUGGAGUUGUUAAACUUUAUAAUGCACAUCCUUCGCUUGAAAUGUA